CUAGCAGUGAGCAAGUAGUUUCAACAAAUCAACGAUGGGGAAUACACCCAGUACUCAUAAGAUUUCCGCUCAGGAUAAAGCUAUCCUGGACAUGAAGAACCAGCGGGACAAGCUUCACCAAUAUCAACGACGUAUAACCGUACUCACCGACCGCGAAACCGCUAUCGCAAAGGAAAUGCUGGCGAAAGGAGAUAAAAAGCGAGCUCUCCUAGCACUGCGCCGGAAAAAAUAUCAAGAAUCGUUGCUGGCAAAGACGGAUGCGCAACUCGAGCAACUGGAGAAAUUGACUAGUAGUGUGGAGUUUGCGCUGGUACAAAAGGAUGUUGUAUAUGGUUUACAACAAGGUACAAGUGUGCUGAACCAGAUACACAAGGAAAUGGGAGGGUUGGAUCAUGUGGAAAAGUUGAUGGGAGAGACAGCGGAUGCAAUUGCUUAUCAACAGGAAGUGAGCGAUAUGUUGGGAGGGAUGAUGUCAAACCAGGAUGAAGAUGAGGUAGAGGAUGAAUUGGCUGCUUUGGAAGCAGAAAUUACAGGUGUUCCGCUACCUGAGGUUCCUACGGCGGGAUUACCAUUGAAAGAUUCCUUACCUGAUGUGCCGAGAUCAGAACUUUCGAGUAAAGAUAGGGCAAAAGCAAGACAACGUGAGCGAGAUGAACAACGUGUUGCAAUGUUGGCAUAG